AGAGGCUAUAGUCUAAAACUAUAGUAUAAAAUAUAUAAUUGAAACUACAAAAGUUAAAAAUGAAAAGGAAAAAUAAUUGAGACAUUGACAUCCAUUCUUGAGAGCCUCACAUCGGCAGGAUAGUUGAAUGAAAGAAUGCGACUCUAGUUGAAUUCCAAUACUUUGGAGACGAACUUUAAGUAAAGAAAGUUGGUAUUUUGCAUUCCCACCAAACAAACUCAUUAUUAGGAGUAUCUCCUGCAAUUUGUAUUCGGCAGCCGCUCUCUCAUCACGUCGCAUUAGUGUGUGUGAGAGAUGGGGUUGUUCAGGAAACUUGCUGGAUUUCUAGGGUUUGUGAAGGAUGAAGCUGAACAAGUCCAUGAAGAAAACGGAAACGGUGAUGCCAAUCCACCUUAUUCUGAGGCGGCCGUGGAGGCUCAAGCUCACCAUCUGCCUAGGAAAGGCUUCAGCAUUCCAAUUCAAGUCCAAGCCGAGAAGCCUGCUCUGCCUGGACCUAUCAUUUCCCCCUGCACUUUGGGUGAUGGAGGCGUUCAGGGCUUGAGAUGGUACGGGAAGGGUCUCAAGGUUGAUGAAGACGGAGACGUGGCGGAUGAGUUCAUCAGUGAGAUUCCUCCAGAGAAUCUGGGCAUCGAACAGGGGCAGAAAAGGCAAUUCCCGAGGUUUGAAGUUAAAUACCAGACAAGGCAAGCCAAGGUUAGGAACCAGGCACUACUUUCACCAGAUGGUAAAAUCCAACUGUUUGUUGAGCUUCACGGCAGGCUAGAGUGGAUCUGAAAUCCUCGUUAAGAUUUGAGAACUGGUUGUGUUGAAUAUGCAGCUCUUUUCAUUGAUCACCAGUUCACCACCAUAAUUGUAUUUUUGGAAAAUUGAUCCUAUCCAUAUACGAGAUGUUAGAAAUUUCCCUAUGAAGUUAGGGGUUUAUUUUGUGCUUUGGAGUGCAUGGAUAUUUUAGUAUUAGGAAAAUGACAAAAGUAGAACUACGACAUAAGUGUGGAUUGUGGAGCGACGGAUACACCUUUAGGGGGUUGGGGAUAAGGAGUAGUAGACUAGUAGUAGUGGUGUGGCAUACUGGCAUGGCGGUGGUGGAUCACUAGGGGCUAGGGCUCGACAACUAUGGUUGUGGUGUGGUGUUGGCUAGGGAGCCUAGGGUUGUGUGGUUGCCGGUUGGGUGCGGAAGUUGGGGAGGUGAUGGCAGGGGUUGGUCAGUGGCAGUGUAGGGACUGGGGUCAGGAGGCAAGGGAAGUGGUAGUGCAGCAGUGUUCAGGGAUUGGGGUGAGGCAGUGGGGACAUAUUUCACCCCUAAUAAUAUUGUUUUUGCAAUUUUUAGUUUUACAGAUUUCGUGGUAGUUUUGUGUGUUGAAGUUAUUGUUGUUGUUAUAUACUGUUUAUCUCUUGCAAAUAUCCUAUUGAUCUACUAUAUUUUAGGUUGCAUUAAUCGUAAA